AUGGCAAAGUCCAAGAACAAUGCCAAGAAGUUGUCCUACAUUUCGGUUCCUUCUCAGAUCAUCAACUCCAUAUCAUCAUCUUCUCUUCAAUCCUUGCUAGAAUCCCCCAAGAAAUGUGCAAGACAGUCCAGAUUUUUCACCUUUGUCAAGUGGGGUAGGCUAAGAUUGUUUCUUUUCACUCUCUCUCUCCUUGCUUUCUUUGCCAUACUCAAGUUGGGGCUCAAUCUGGACACCCCAUUUCCGCCCUUCCCUUGCGGAACCUCGGCAGGCCUCUCAAAAUCCGAGUUUGGAGUUCCAGUACAGGAAGGUGGUGUUUUGGAUGGUGUUGAUGACACCGUUUCAGAGCCUCUGGUUGCCAGUGUGCAGUUACAUGCACAGGUUCCAAGUGGGGUGGAAAGGGGUGAGGAGGUUGAAAAGAGUGAGUUUUGGGAGCAGCCAGAUGGGUUGGGGUAUAAGCCUUGCUUGGGUUUCAGCAGAGAGUAUAGGAGUGAGAGUGAGAGGGUGGUGAAUAACAGGAGGAGGUACCUCAUGGUGGUGGUUUCUGGAGGGAUGAAUCAGCAGAGAAAUCAGAUUGUUGAUGCUGUUGUCAUUGCUAGGAUUCUUGGAGCUGCUUUGGUUGUUCCUAUACUGCAAGUCAAUGUCAUUUGGGGAGAUGAAAGUGAAUUUGCUGAUAUAUUUGAUUUGGAUCACUUCAAGAGUGAUCUUGCCAAUGAUGUGAGGGUGGUUUCAGCUUUGCCAUCAACACAUCUAAUGACAAGGCCAGUGGAGGGGAGCCCUCUCCCUCAUGCCACUCCAAAUUGGAUUCGGUCACACUAUCUCAGAAGAUUCAACAGAGAAGGUGUCUUGCUUUUGCGUGGACUGGAUUCGAAACUGACAAAGGAUCUCUCUCCUGAUCUUCAGAAGCUCCGAUGCAAGGUUGCUUUUCAUGCAUUAAGGUUUGCAAAGCCUGUUCAGGAACUUGGUGACAACAUUGCAGAGAGAAUGAAAAGCAAGGGACCUUACCUUGCUCUUCAUCUACGGAUGGAAAAGGAUGUGUGGGUGAGAACUGGUUGUCUACCUGGUUUGAGUCCUGAGUAUGAUGAGAUGAUAAACAAAGAGAGGCUAAAUCGACCCGAGCUCCUAACGGCGAAAUCAAACAUGACAUACCAUGAAAGGAGGCUGGCUGGCCUCUGCCCCUUGAAUGCUGUGGAGGUUACCAGGCUGCUUAAAGCUCUGGGAGCUCCAAAAAAUGCAAGAAUUUAUUGGGCUGGAGGACAACCACUAGGUGGAAAAGAGGCCUUGCAACCAUUAAUCAACGAGUUUCCAUAUCUUUACAGUAAGGAAGAUAUUGCCUUACCUGGAGAACUAGAACCAUUUGCAAAUAAAGCUUCCCUAAUGGCUGCCAUAGAUUACAUAGUCUCCGAGAAGAGUGAUGUUUUCAUGCCAUCUCAUGGAGGAAAUAUGGGCCAUGCAAUUCAGGGUCACCGGGCCUAUGCAGGACACAAGAAAUAUAUAACACCAAACAAAAGACAGAUGCUACCCUAUUUUCUGAACUCUUCCCUCCCUGAAGAAGAGUUCAACAGCAUUGUCAAGGAAUUGCAUCAGGAGUCAUUAGGUCAGCCAGAACUGAGGACUAGCAAGGCUAGAAGAGAUGUCACCAAGUAUCCUGUUCCUGAGUGCAUGUGCAAUGACAAAUAA